AUGGUGGGACCUUUUGUAGUCAAUUCAACGGAGACAAUUUAUAAGGAUUUUCAGAAGAUUACAAUUCAAGAAAUUCCUGGUACGGUUCCUCCAGGGGCGCUUCCUCGUUCGAAGGAGGUGCUUCUCUAUUUUGAUCUUAUUGAUAGCUGCAAGCCAGGUGACGAAGUAGAUGUUGUGGAGGAUGAUAUUAGAGAGAUAAAGGAUUUGGCAAAAAAAUCCAAUAUUAAGGAGAUUCUAAUAAACAGUGUGGCUCCUUCUAUAUAUGGCCAUAGGGAUAUCAAAACUUGUAUAUUGUUAAGUAUGCUGUCGGGUGUUCCAAAGGAGAAGUCUGGAAUGAAAAUUAGAGGAGACAUCAACGUUCUGUUAAUGGGAGAUCCUGGAACAGCAAAGAGCCAGUUCCUACGGUUUGUUCAGCAAACCUCUCAUAGAGCUGUUCUCGCUACUGGACAAGGAUCAUCCAGUGUGGGAUUAACAGCAUCUGUUAGGAGAGAUCCUGUUCUAAAAGAAUGGACUUUGGAAGGAGGAGCUUUGGUUCUAGCAGACAGUGGAAUAUGCUGUAUUGAUGAGUUUGAUAAAAUGAAUGAGAAUGAUAGAACUAAUACUAGAAUGGCCAAAUUUAUACUGAAUUCACAUCAAAAGGAUGUAUCCAACAACGAUAAUCAUAAUCCGAAUAAUUUUCAUCCAAAAAUUCCAGAGUUCGAAACAGAAGCGUUUGCAAAGAUGAGAUUGAGCAAUGUUGUUUCUAAGUCAGAUGUUGAUCAAUCUAUUGCAAUCACACUACAGUCAUUUUUAUCAGCUCAGAAAUACUCGAUCACGAAGCAGCUUAAGAAGAAGUUUAGCAAGUAUUUUGAGGAAAAUAAUGAUGAUCUGCUGAUUAUUCAACAAAAUGAAGAUAUUGGCAAGGCAACUAUAACAGUUCCUGUUUCGCUAAGUAAAGCAACAGAGUUAUUUCUUAAGGAAAUAUUGGAUAAAAUAGUAUCAAAUGCUAUUGAAGAAAAUAAGAAGAAAAAGAAAAAAACAGUUGAUGGUGAUACUGAUAAGGUUGAUUCAAAGAAGAGUGAUGGAUCUGUUUUUGACAAUUCUAUUUCCAAUGGCAAGAAAAAAGAUAAUUGUAGCAAUAUACCGUCAAAAAACAAUACCCAAUCAGAGGUUCCAAAUCCUCAGUCAAAGAAUAAAAUUAUUGUGAAGAGCAUGGAAGAAAUAUUUGAGAUGGAGAAAUAUAAGUUUUUAAAGGAGCUGAUCAAAGAAGAUAGUGACAUCUGA